AUGUCUGCGCCCAUGAAUGAAAAACAAAUUGCAGAAGAAAUAAAGAAAAUACGAAAGAAAUUAAAACAGAUUGCCAAUCUUGAAAGGAAAGAGCAUAGUUUGACUCACAAGGAAAAGAAUAAGAUUAAUAAAAAAACGGCUUUACGUAAGGAAUUGUUUUCACUGUUGCUUGUCUCAGAAAAAGAGUUAGCAGGUAUUCCAGUCAAAGCCACUACUAAAGUCAAAACAGAGAACAGGAAAACAAAACCUAAGCAAAAUGUUAGAGAGAAGAAAUCUAAAGAAAUCAAAGAAUCAGAACCUAAAUUAUCUGUAAAAACUAAUGUUGUUGAUAGACCUGAUAUAGAAGCUGAUGAAACAGAUGAGAACAGUGACAAUGAACUGCAAAGAAGUGAAGAGGAAGAAUCAGAAAGUGAAUCAUCAGAUUAUCUACCACAAACUUGUCAGAGUGCUCAACUUACAGACAAUACUUACACACAACUAGAACAAGACGCUCAAAAGAACAAAAAUACAAACUCAAAAGUAAAUACUCAGCCUACAACAGUGUCAGCUCAACCAAGACCUGUACCAAUCCGAAAUCCUUUAAAAGAAAAAUGGCAGAAAGUAGAAUGUAUUGUAGAGGAGUUGAAUGGACAUAAUGAUAUAGUAACAUCACUUGAUAUUAGUGAUGAUUAUUUAGUAACAGCUAGUCGAGAUACAACAGUAAAAGUAUGGAAUAUAGAAACUGGUAUGUUUAUAAGAAGUUUAGGAGGCCAUACAGAAACUAUUACAACAGUUAUCAUUGUACAAGAUAAUAGUUUAAUAGAAGGAUUAGAAGUGGACGCUGAUGAUAAGAUUAUUAUAAGUGGUUCAACUGAUUGUUCUUUUAAACUGUGGUCCCUUCAUACAGGACAACUGAUAACAUCAGUCUAUACCUAUAAUCCUAUAACAUCAUUAGUCUAUAGUACUAACUUGCUAGUCACAGCUUCAGGUGGUGGUAAAAUAGAAUUAUGGGAUUUAAAUACAUCAGAAAAUAUCAACUCUAUAAGAAAUGAUGAAGAUGCUAUAACAUGUAUUACUGCUGAAAAAAAUCUAGUGUAUAGUUCAUCAGAAGAUGGUAUAAUUAAAGUUUAUGAAAUUAGAGAGAGAAAGUUAUGUUGUUUAUUUGAAUCUGAUAAUUUAGAUCUAAUAAAUAGAUAUAUAAGAUGUAUUAUAAGUUGUAAUAAUAUUUUAUACUAUGGUGAUGAUGGUAUAAAUAUUAAAGCUGUCAAUUGGAAAAAAGGAUCUGUUGUGAAAUAUCCAAAUCAUACUGAAGAAUUUGCUUCUACAGACGCCAGUACCAUUACUGAUAACUUAUUAUUGACAUCAAGUUAUAAUUUAGACCAUGGUUAUGGUUAUAUAAAUGUUAGAGAAUUACCAUCAUGUGAAUAUCAAUUUAGUUUGAUUGAUAAGGAUACAGAACGUAUUGUUUGUCUUAAGUCUACCAAAUUAAAAAAUGGUGAAAUGAUCAUUGUGACAGGUGGAUCAGAACUUCAAAUAUGGAGAAUUGGACCAAAAUCUAGGUUUUUGAAUGACCACAGAACCAAAUGUAAAUUACGAUUUAUUGAGAAACUGACAAGAAAAGGCCAUGAUUCGGAUAAUGAAGAGAGUGAUGAUGAUGAUAAUGAUGAUGAUGACUUUAAUGUUGAAGUUAAUGAUAAUGAUUAUGAUGAUGAUAAUGAUCUGACAGCUAACCCUGAUGAAGUGGAUAAGUCCUGGUCAUGGUGUGAGAUAUUAUAAAGGUUUCAACAGCCAACGACUGAAUGACCUUUAUCUGUGAAAGAAUACUGUGUAUAUUUAAAGCUUAUCAACCAGUGUCCAGAAGGUGAUUAAAUUGCCUAUCUCCUUACUGAUAUUGGUUUUAACUGUACAGUAUAUCCUUGAAAUGAUUUUUGCUUCCAAAUUGGAUGUCUUGUAUUAGGGUGUAUGGGAAAAGUCAUUAAAUGAAACAUUGUAGCUUUGUUUGGAUGUUUUAUCUGUUAAUCUUUUAUUAUGUUCAUUGCCAUGUGUUGAAAGUCAAGUGAGAUUGGUAAAAUUUGGAAAGUGCGAAAUACUAUACAAUUUGAUGUGAAGAGAGGAAAAUAAACUUUUAUUCUAUUGAUAUUGUAAUAAAUUACAAUAAAAUGUUCUCCCAUCCUC